UCUUGGACUACUCGCUAGCAACGGACACUGAACAGCAGAGAAAAAGGAGUUAAUUACACCUUAACGUGACAAAACAGGGAUAUGUCCGCUAGAAUCAAGGAUAUAUGAAACAGACCAAACACAGAGGAACGACCAGGGGACGAUAACGGAGACGGUACAGCAGCCAUCUAAGUGCCUCGGAUACCCAGACCUUCAAGUCAUCUUUUUUGCCGGAGUAGGAAGGAAGAGUCGAGUCACCGACAGAAAAACAUCCAGAGUGAAACCAUGAAUCCUGAAUAUGACUAUCUGUUCAAGCUCCUGCUCAUCGGAGACUCUGGAGUAGGAAAGUCCUGUCUUCUGCUCCGUUUUGCAGACGACACCUACACAGAGAGCUACAUCAGCACCAUCGGAGUGGAUUUCAAGAUCCGCACCAUUGAGCUGGACGGCAAGACCAUCAAACUGCAGAUUUGGGACACCUGUGGUCAAGAAAGGUUUCGUACCAUCACCUCCAGUUACUACCGUGGAGCCCACGGCAUCAUAGUUGUAUAUGAUGUGACAGAUCAGGAGUCCUACAACAACGUGAAGCAGUGGCUUCAGGAAAUCGACCGCUAUGCCAGCGAAAACGUCAACAAGCUGCUGGUGGGAAACAAGUGCGACCUGACCACCAAGAAGGUGGUGGACUACACAACAGCCAAGGAGUUUGCUGACUCCUUGGCGAUCCCGUUCCUGGAGACGAGCGCCAAGAACGCCACCAACGUGGAGCAGGCCUUCAUGACCAUGGCUGCAGAGAUCAAGAAGCGCAUGGGCCCCGGGGCCACGGCCGGCGGCGACAAGCCCAACUUAAAAAUCGAGAGCACCCCCGUCAGGCAGUCUGGAGGGGGCUGCUGUUAAAGGACCCCCGUGCCUCCACCACCCUGACCAUCACCUCCACUACCUUCACACUGACAUCUCCCGUUCUUCUCCUUCUGUGCCCCCCACCUCCUCACCAUCAUCCCACCAUUCUGCCAUAACACCCUGUAACCCAGCUCUCUGGCCCCCACCCCCUCUGUCCCCCUGCCUGGCAAACAGGAGUAAACUGUAAGAGUAUUAAGAUCAGACCUGCACACCACUCACCAAACACCAGAGAAGAGGAAAGGCAGCCAGUGUGUGAGGGAGACCCCCAGAGGACAGAGAGAAAACACAUGGGGGGGGGUGGGGGGGUGGCAUUGAUCUAGAGUUGAAGAUGAAGUUUAGAGCUUAUCUGUACACACACACACACACACACACAGACACACAGUAGGAGGUGUUCCUGUGUUCCUGAAUAGCAGCAGCCUCUGACUCUGACUCAUCGUUGCCAUUUAUUGAUGAGGAUCCAGGGGAAGCCUGUUCACUGAGCCUCCUCUUCCUCCACCUGUCCUCUUCCUCAGCUCCAUCCUUUCUCUCUUCAGGUGCGUUCAGACACAAAAUGAAGCAAAAUUUUACCCUCAUUUGUUUAAAUGUAAUCGAUUCACCCCAAACAGCUGUACAGAUGUUAGCUCAGAGUUGCUUCCUUCCAGUUUCUCUCACCUCUGUAUGUUUAUUAUGCGCUUACUUGUCUCUCCAUUGACUUUGUAUGUAACUACACAACUCUGACUUUUGCAUCAUACUCUGUCUGAACACACCUUUAAGUUCUCAUCACGCUUCAAACAAACCAGGUCUCUCCGUGUCAUCAUCGUCACGGUGCUGGUCUUGGUCACAGAAGUGGGGAAUGAAAAAACACCAAAGUACAAAUGAUUUCAGACUUUACUCUGAGCAGUUUGAGUCACACUGAGGUCCGUGGUGCUUCAGAGGAAAGUGACACAGUGAACUUAAUCUUAAUAAAGUGUUGUAGUGACCUCAGUGUGAACCAGUAAUGAGAUCAGAGACUGCAGGUGGUCUGACAGUAGCUCCACACCUGAGGUAGAAGAGAGGCGCUGGAGGCCCACUUAAUUCCACAUGUGAACGUUAGAGCUUGGGUGAGGAGGAGGGGGAGGAGAGAACUGUAACAUAUACCGUUUUUUCAUAUGUAAGAGAAAGAAAUGUGACAAAAUGCUGUAACAUUUAGCACCGUGACCUUCUGGAUGACACUAAAUAUUACAGUCAGAGGGCAGAUAGCUCCAGAUGUGG